AGGGCCGGCCGCGGGGGUGCGAGCUCGUUCCCGUCAGCCUUUCGGCGCAGAGCUGGGAAUAAACGGCUGCGCAGGGGAUGGAUGCCACAUUGUCUCGGGGAGGGGGACGGGUGCCAGGUGGAAGGCGUGUCUCCAGCCUGCAGUGGUGGAAAAAGGGAGAAUCCGCCUUCCUUGUCCUCCUGGACGGUUGUCCCUGUUUUUACCCAUCAUGCCCACUCUGCCUCAUUGUCAGCGGUAGCAGUGAAUAACAGAUAUGUGGUCACUGGGAGCAGAGAUGAGACAAUCCAAAUCUAUGACAUGAAAAAGAAGAUAGAACAUGGGGCACUGCUGCAGCACAAUGGCACAAUAACUUGUUUGGAGUUCUAUGGUACUGCGCAUCUACUGAGUGGGGCUGAAGAUGGACUAAUUUGUAUCUGGAACACAAAGAGAUGGGAAUGUCUGAAAUCUAUUAAGGCACAUAAGGGGCAUGUGACAUCUCUUUCUAUUCAUCCUUCUGGGAAGUUAGCUUUGUCAGUAGGAACAGAUAAAACAUUAAGAACUUGGAAUCUUGUAGAAGGACGAUCAGCCUUUAUCAAAAACCUGAAGCAAAAUGCCCACAUAAUUAAAUGGUCCCCUGAUGGAGAGAGGUAUGUGACCGUGAUAACAAAUAAAGUGGAUAUCUACAAACUUGACACAGCUUCAAUCACUGGCACUAUCACAACAGAGAAGAGGAUUUCCUCACUUAGAUUUAUUACAGAUUCUAUCCUUGCCAUAGCUGGAGAUGAUGAAAUUAUAAGGUUCUACAGCUGUGACUCUCAAAAAUGCCUGUGUGAAUUUAAAGCUCAUGAAAACAGAAUAAAAGAUAUCUAUAGUUUUGAAAGAGAAGGACAACAUGUUAUUGUUACUGCAUCCAGUGAUGGUUACAUUAAAAUGUGGAAUCUGGAUCUUAAUAAGAUUAAAGAUGUGCCGUCUUUACUGUGUGAAGUCAAUACCAAAGCUAGGCUGACAUGUCUUGCAGUAUGGCUUGACCAAGCUUCAGAAAUGAAAGAAAAUUCUGAUAAAGCUGCAACAUUAUCUCAAGCAAAUGACGAUGAAAAAUCAUCAAUAGUCAGGAAAAACAAAGUUUGUAGGACUGACAAAAGUGAUAAAACAGCAAAAAAAAAGAGAGAAGUUACUCCAGAGAAGCAAAAAUUGGAAGCUCCACUGCAAAAGAAGAAAAAGAAACAGAAUAGCUCAUCAUGAAGGCAGCUACUUUCUCCCCUGAAUAAAAAGUAAAUGCUGGUGUUGCUGUAGUUUUUAUAAGGAUGUAAACUUCUGACAGGACAUAUACCUCUGAACCGCUCUGUUGUUUAAAAAUAACGAAUGUUUUUACCCUAAUAAAUUGACUGGUCAUUCUGGGAAGUAGCAAAAGAGAUGGCAACCUUCCCGGAGUGACUGAGGCAAAAAUAAGUUCAUAAUAUGUAAUUUUUAUAUUUUUCUAUUAACAAUAGCGUGCACUUUUUAACUGGCUCUGAAAAAGCCAGCUAAAAUGAUAAAAAUAGCUGCAUCUGUCUCAGUUACAUUUUUGUCUAAAUGCUAAUUAAAAAUAUGUACACUUUUUCAUUUUAGUGUUAGAAAAGUUACUAUUCAUUUGACUCAAAAUAUGAUCUGCCUUUGUCAUGCAUUACUCUUCCUACUGUAAGAAGGAACAUUUUAAAAUUACUUAAAAUAAGAUGAUCACAUUCCAUUCAUACAUUCACAGAAAAUCAUACUUUCUAGUUCUUGACAUGGGCUCGUACAUAGAGUUUAUAGGCAAAAUGUUUGAG